CGAAACAGGAAGUGUACUCGAAAUUGUUGUGCAAAUGGGAUGUCUCUGCAUCAUGUGUGUAUUUGUAUAAUUGUUGUAUUUCCCCCCUUUUAACUUUAUUUUCGCAUAUUCCGUAAACAUGGCGUGUUUCUUCCGACGAAGAAUAGCAGAGCAGCUUGGCAGGACCAUGCAGCAGCGUGAGGAUGUCUUCAUACCAGCUCUGUCAGCUGUGCCAGUCUUUAAGAAACAGCAGACUGCUGACUUUAGACUGUCAAUCAAUGUGUUAAGAAACAAUGGGGUUUUACCAGUCAGUGGAGACAUCCAGGCACAAACGGAACACCUGGCCCAUCAGCUAAAGCAAGACAGCGUGGUGGAAGAAAUAGCUGUUGGAUCUGCCGUAAUUAACUUCAGAAUAAAUUGCAAACUUCUUGCCCAGAAAAUCCUGGAACCCUUUGGAACAGGGGACAACAGCAAAUUUGGGCUUAACAGUGAACUUUUUAAGUUCCUCAAGCGAGGAAUAACAGUAGUGGAGUACAGCUCUCCAAACAUUGCCAAAAAGUUCCAUGCUGGACACUUACGAUCUACUAUUAUAGGCAACUUUAUUGCCAAUCUGAAGCAAUCUCUGGGAAACAAAGUUAUCCGAAUGAACUACCUUGGAGACUGGGGCAUGCAGUUUGGUCUGCUGGGAGUUGGUUUCAAUCAGUUUGGCAGUCAGGAGCGGUUGAAGCAAAACCCUUUACAACAUUUGUUUGAGGUUUAUGUCAAGGUGAACCAGGAAGCAGAACACAACGAGGACAUGAGGUUGGCGGCCAGAGACUUCUUUCGACAGCUGGAGCAGCAUGAGAGUCAGGCUGUGUCGCUAUGGCAACAGUUCAGGGACAUCACAGUGAGCGAGUAUCAGCACGUUUACAAGCGAUUAGGGGUCCACUUUGACGUGUACUCUGGGGAGUCUUUUCACCAGGAGAGGGUCCAGGAGGUGGUGCAGCAGCUUCUACAGCAAGGCCUUUUGAAGACCACUGAGAAGGGGACGGGUGUUGUGGACCUCUCAGCAGCUGGGGACAUGAGCACCUUCUCUACUGUGCUCCGCAGUGAUGGCACAAGUCUCUACAUCACCAGGGACAUUGCGGCUGCCAUUGACCGGAGUGAAAAAUACAGUUUUGAUGAAAUGAUCUAUGUGACAGAUAAAAGUCAAACAAAUCACUUCCACCAGUUGUUCCAGAUCCUGCAGGCUUUGGGUCAUUCCUGGGCUGACAGGUGUCAUCACGUGCCCUUUGGCCUGGUGCAGGGCAUGAAGACCAGAAGUGGGGAAGUGGUCUUCUUGGAGGAUGUGCUAGACGAGGCCCGUGCCAGGAUGCUGCACAAUAUGAAGCAGUCAAAAACAACAAAGGAAAUGGACGACGCCGAAGACACAGCACAGAAAGUGGGAAUCAGUGCACUUAUAGUCCAGGAUUUUAAAGGUCCCCUUCAGUCGGACUACAAGUUUGACUGGGACAAGAUGCUCCAGGCUCAAGGAGACACGGGUGUUUUUCUCCAGUACACGCACGCUCGGCUCUGCAGUUUAAUACGGGCAAACGACAACAUCGACGCGGCUACAUUCAAUCCAUCGCUUCUGACGGAGCAGUCAAGUGUCACCAUCCUUCAACACCUCCUCCGCUAUGAUGAGGUGUUGUACCAGUCAGCCCAAGAUCUGCAACCUAAACACCUGCUCAACUUCCUGUUGAAGCUGUGCCACCUGAACGCCUCAGCACACAGAGACCUGCCAGUCAAAGGGAGCCCUCAGGAAGUUGCACAGGCAAGGCUACGACUUUUCAGCGGGUCGUGCUUGGUUCUGGCCAAUGGGAUGAGGAUUCUUGGCAUCACACCAGUUGACAAAAUGUAAAUAUGAAUAAUUAACUCAUUAGUCAAUAAAAUAAUACAAAAAGUGCAAUUUGUAAUUGGGUGGUUAUGAACUGGUAAUGCAAAUCAACAACCUGUCACUCUUUGGACUGGUUUUGCUGGUUUGCUGACUUCUAAGGAAACCAUCAGUGUAGCAAAAAAUAACAUUGAACCCGCGUAGUCCUCCACUUGCCUAUUUCCUGAACAAUACACUCUUGAAUUGGAAUCAAUUCAGUGGCAGCUUGUGUGUAAAUGUGUGCAUUUCCAUUCAGUUUUAAUUAAAAACUGCUGUGAGAGAAGAGAUAUUUACAAUCGUAUCGAUAUUUACAGUGGUACAAGUAUGAAAAGCUUUACACAGUCUCAAGUCUUUAUUUACAGCCAACUGGACUGACAAGGUAAAAAAAGACAGCUCGUAACAAUAAUAUAAAUUAUUACACUGCUAUUUGAGGACCCAACCCUUUCAUUAAAAAAACAUGAUCACUGAUUGCUAUGGACUGGUAGAAUACUUGACCCAUCUAGUUUUGAGGGGGGGGAAUCAGCACUGCAGUUGUUGGUCCUUAUUGUGUCUUAACGCUGCAACAGUGAGGUUUUCAUAUAAAUGAUCAGUGUGUCACAACUUCAAGUUUAGGCUAUGUCCACACAAACAUGGAUAUUUUCAAAAACUCACAUUUGCCCUGCUUCUCAAUCCACACGAGUGAAGUUUGAAAAAGAUUUCUGGCCUCAUAAAAACAAAUUCACUAGCUUUCAUGCGUGUUUUGGCCAAUCAGAAGCCUGAAAACGCGCCUCUGGUCAUCAAUAUGGUGAGAUAUUAGAUGUACAUUAUCUUUAAAAUGGGCACUUGCUUACACAAAGGCCAGGAGACAACAUGAAUGCUUCUUUUAAACCGCCCAUGCAUGUUAUACGGUACACUCACACGUGUCCACUGCUGUAUGAAAUUAAACCAACAUGUUUAAGUCAAUCACUUCAUGUUCUGUUAAAGGUUAUCCCAAACAGGACACGUUACAAAAUGCUGUACGCCGCAGGGAGCUUGAGCAAUUUAAUUUCAAAAUUGGUGGUCUUCAUCAACUUGGUAUAGAGCUGUGAAGGAGUACGGCUGCUGCUGCAGUCUUGUGUUGCCUUGUGAGUUGUGUUCAAGCUCAGCAUAAUAGAAUUUGUAUUUGUUCCCAAUCAAUAAUAUUAAUGAACAUGUUACAGGCAUAAGGUCGGUUAUUAUAAGUAUUUUACAAGAUGUACAAGAUAUUUUAUGCAAGGCACAGCUUAAGGCUUCAGUCUUGCCUUCUAUCCCAGCUCUCUGGCAACACUAUAAACUUCCUCAAAGCAAUCCUCUUGAAAUGCGCCGAGCAUGACGACCAAUUAGAUGGCUUUUUGUGUCCAGCUCAGCAUUUUCGUCUUCCAGCCAAUUAAUGAGGAGAACAUCGUGAGCCUCGCCUUUACUGCACCCUCCCGUGACACAAAGUCUUGGCAUUCUCUCCAAAAACUUCAAAAAAUGUGCUUACAACUCUCAUGGUGUUAACAGGCGAUUACACAAAAUAUGCUAACAAGCGUCCUUGCACGAUGUUUUACUGGUAUGACGUGACAGCUUAAGGGGCUACAGAGCACAGUGCUGUAUUUAUUAUCUUGAAGGCAUGUGCCAUUGCCUCACAUUAUUGGUGUCUGGAUGACCUUUAAACAAGGUUUAAAACCAUGAAAUCAUGUUGCACAUGUCUUAUGAAACAAGCCAAAAAGCUCAGUUUUUCCCAUCCACAGACAAACACUGAAGCCAGAGGGUUUGAGUCUGUUUUUAAGGACAAAAAAAAAGAACAACGUACGUUUCCAUAUUCGUGUGGACAUAGCCUUAGGUCAGUCUUUAUGAUUACAAAGCUAAACACUCAGUGCUUACUCUCUUUGGACCUGCCCAUGCAGUGCUACAGUGCUUCAUCUUCCAGCUAGACCUUGGUUAAGUGCUGCCUGUUUGCAGUGAAAUCCAAACAUGCUUUGGCUCCUCCCUCCAGUUUAAACUCACACUGCUUAUCUACAUUACACAAGAUAUGUCUCUAAGAUCAUUUGAAGGCACCAAAAUACCAGUAAUAUUCUUUGUAUUCAAUAUCAGCUGACAGGUCGCCCAGUAAAAAGGUGUCUUCAAAUCAUCUUGAUUUUAACAGAACUUGCAUUAUUUCAAGAAAAAAAAAGUAGCAAACUGAUAAACGGUGUUCGUUAGAAGAAAGAAAAGAGACUCUCUCUCUCUACUCAGUCCAAGUGGGUUCCUUCUCCUCGGUGGAGCUCACACACUAAUCAGUUUCUGUUUGAACUCCUUGUUGCCAUCUUCUGGGGUCUCCUGCUUUGGAAGGCCGUACAGAUAGAUGGACACACACACCAAGAUGGCUCCACAUGCAAAUGUGCUUGCUGCAGUAGAAGCAAACAGAAACAAGUUUACCUUCUUGUUGUCAAUACAAUGACUGACAUGCUCCAAUUGAUGCACCUAUAGUGGUCACGUGUAUUGUCUACAAAAGCACACAACCGCCAGGAUCUGUAAUUAGCACCAGGUCAAAAAAACAAACACUGGCAUUAACAACUAUGGCUGGAGGCAAACUCCUGGUGUAGUUUUUCAUAAACUCCAUGAGAUGGCAGUAGCUGCAUUUGGAGUGUCAUGAGUGGUCAGACUCUACCUCUGCAUGCAUUUUGGUUGGUUGUGCAACUCUGCUGUU